AUGAAGUUCGACCUUCUCGCCGCUGUCCUUGCAACCGCCAGCACAGCUCUGGCGGUUCCUGCUCCCUGGGAGGCCUUCAAGCUCCGCGCGGUGAGCGACAGCAGCGCCCAGCUAAACGGCCAAUUCCUCAAGGCCAAGACCGGACGCUAUUACUUUGGACCUGAGCCCUCCAACCCGGUUUGUCAGGGUGGUAGCCAAGAUUAUGGCACUUUCUACCUGAGGGACGGCUCCGUCUUCUUCUACAAUACCAGCCCCAGUGUCACUCCCCAGCAGAUGUUCACUGACCGCAGUGGCAUGGGCAUGGGCGUUACUGGCUAUGUUGAUCAGGGCUCUCCGCUGCCCAGAUACGCCGAGAUCACCGGCUGGGCCUUCAACAGCCAAAGUCGUCUCAACAUCUAUGGCAACGAGUGGUAUGCCUGCCCUCACCCGGCUACAAAUAGUUGGAGCAUCUGGGUCUAUUCUCCCAAUCCCAACCCCGGCCACAACCAGGGCUGCAUCAAGAUCUCUCUGGAGCGUGUUGGCGCGUCGAACCCUCUGAGCUGCACUUAUUCCAAGUAA